ACGCUUGUCGGCACGCGCUUUCUCAGUUUUAAUCUUGGUGUGUGUUUACCACUGGUGAAUUUUGCUUAGGGUUCACGUUGCAAAAUGAAUAAUCGUGGUAGAAGUUGGUACAGAAACAAAGGAAAGCGGAAAAGACCAUCUGAAAUUACGGAAACAAUCGGAGGGUCGAAAAAGGACAUGUCAAAUCCUACAGAUUCAAGCAAGGCAUGCUCGCUGUUCAAUCCAAAUAGACACAACUCUCCAUAUCAUAAUUGGGACUUAUAUUUCCACAACGAAGUGUACACCAAAGCUUCGUCGACAGUAAGAAAAAUUGAAGCAAUGCAAAGAUUUAUAAUGUCCCAUAUGGAUAUAUUUCCAGUUUCAAACUUGGAAAACAACAAACCUUAUAAUGUUGACAUUAAGAUCCUGCUUAAGGAUGACUCGUUUUAUAAUGAGUGGAGUAGUUUCAAAGAGGAUCUGACAAAUGAUCCGAAACAUACGCUAAAUUGCCUUGGUAUGGCAAUUGAUCAGAUGAUGAUUGAAACAAUCACAGCAAAAGAGGGAAUGGAUGAUGUGACUGUCUCAGCUAACUUGCCAAUAGCUGUAGUAAGAAUAUCCAAUUAUGGUCCAGUCCUCUCCCUGAGAGACCUCAAGGUAAAUUCUUAUGGUAAGCUAAUAUCCAUCAGAGGAUGUAUUAUGAGGGUUGGGAAUAUAAAGCAUUUUGCCCAAUGGAUGGAGUUCUUGUGUGUAUCAUGCGGCAGUCGCAUGAUCUCGAGACAAGUUGAUGGAAUUUACACCUUACCAACCAAGUGCGUUUCCUGUAAUGGAAAAAAAUUCCAACCUCUCUUGAGUUCGGUACAUACAAAAACUGUAACAUUUCAAGUGAUAAGAUUACAGGAACAUGUUGGCGAUGAGCAGGAUGACAAAGGGAGAAUGCCCCGUAUUAUUGAUGUCGACUUGAUAGAAGACUUAGUCAACACUUGUAUGCCAGGAGACGAUAUUACCGUGACUGGAAUAAUUAAAGUCAGAGGAAACGAGAAGAAUUCAUCGAAAGGAAAUACUGCCGCGAACUUGUUUUCCUUAUACAUGGAAGCUGUUUACAUAUUAAAUAAUAAAUCGCAAAACAAAUGUGCUGUUGCACUUGAUCUGACUGAUGUAGAUCACCUUGCAGUAAAGGUCAAUUGUCAGUUGCGUGAGAUUGUAAAAUUAACAAGGACAAGUGCAUUUUUAAUUGGCUUUUCUAUUUUGUUGCAGGAAGUCUAUCAUGAUCCAAAUGUAUUCAAAUUACUUGUGCAAUCCCUCUGUCCAAGUAUUUAUGGUCAUGAACUCAUAAAAGCUGGACUCAUUCUAAGCCUGUUCGGAGGGAGCACAAAAUCGCAGGAUGUGCGCGAUGAUGUCCAUGUUUUAGUUGUCGGUGACCCCGGUCUUGGAAAGUCACAAAUGUUGCAAGCUUGUGCUCGUGUUGCAGCCAAAGGUAUUUAUGUAUGUGGUACUUCUAGUACCUCGACGGGUCUAACUGUUACUCUUGUGAAAGAUGCCAGUACCGGUGACGUCGUUCUUGAACCUGGAGCACUUGUUCUGGCUGAUAAAGGCACCUGUUGCAUAGAUGAAUUUGAUAAAAUGUCAACGCAACAUCAAGCAUUACUUGAAGCGAUGGAACAACAAAGUGUCAGUGUAGCUAAAUCAGGGAUGGUAUGUUGCCUUCCAGCUAGGACGUCAAUCUUGGCAGCUGCCAAUCCAGCUAGAGGACGCUAUGACAGGUCCAAAACUGUAAUUGAAAAUUUGAACAUGAAGCAGCCUCUGCUUUCACGUUUCGAUCUAAUAUUUAUACUCUUAGACCAACCUGAUGCACAUUUGGAUGAUUUACUCUCCGACCACGUUAUGGCUGUACAUGUUGGCAUAAGCAACCAAAUUGGAGAUAUGAGGUCUAACAGUACCAAUUCGUUAUCGACUGGUGAAUCUUCUACGUCAGCAAAUAACUUGAGGCAAAAAUUGAGUUUAUGUCCAACUGAGACCAUUGACCCAAUACCACAUCGUAUUCUUCGAAACUAUAUUAUAUAUGCUCGGCAAUAUGUUAAACCAAAAAUAACACCUGCUGCAGUAGAAGUAUUGAAAGAUUUUUAUUUAAAAUGUCGAGCGCGAAACGACAGGGAGAAAAUAACGCCCAUGACACCAAGGCAAUUGGCAGCACUAAUCAGACUGACUGAGGCAAGAGCGAAGUUGGAAUUAAGAGAAGAAGCCACGCAUAGUGAUGCUUUGGAAGUCAUUGAGAUAAUAAAGUUCAGUAUGGCAGAGGUAGAUGUGGAACACAUUGAGCCUGAUUAUUCACUAUUGUCUGGAUCUGGAAAAUUAACAGCUGCUAAGGUCAAAGCGUUUAUAAGUUUAUUAAGAGAUAAAGCAGCUGCUAUGGAAAAAACAGUAUUUUCAACGAGGGAAAUGAGAGACUUGGCAACGAAAGAAAAAAUUAUUAUAGAUGAUUUUAACGCUUUAAUUUCAAAACUGAACGAAAAUGGUUUUAUUUUGAAGAAAGGGCCAAAUUUGUAUUCAGUAACUACAAACAAUUAACAAAUAACACCAAUGGCGUAUUUGUUAUUGCUUCUUGCUGCGAUUGAAGACAACACUGAGCAGCGACUCGGGAUUCUACAUCCUUUGGCAGAAGCGUAGUACUAGGAGUAGGGUGACUCACCAUUCCUAGACCAGCAUACAGAACUGGAGGGCUCAUCGUCAUAGACUGAACACCUUCGGCGUUUGGCCAAUAUUGUCUGGGCAGCGUGCAUACACCGGUACCAUAGACUUCGCUGACUAUUGGCUGAAACUGAAGACAGAAGGUGGUCGUGUCAUGCAAGAUCUUCUGUCAAAUAGUUGAGGUAGAUGAGUUUUACUUGAUCAUUGCAAAAGUGAAACUCCUUAUCAAGUGUGUUAUGUUACCAUAAUAAAACUGUCAUACUUACAGUUUUGUGCUUUGAUGACAAAUUUGAAAGAUCGUGGAGUGGCAUUCCGUUACGUAUUGUACAAUAUCCAACAUAGUUACUUUGUCCACUAAUUGCUACUACUGCUGGAUGGUCCAUUAAAUUUCGUGACGGGGAAGUUUCUAUUGUUGAUAUAAGUCGUCUCUUCCUCAGAUAAUCCGAUGGUUCAUCACCUUAACAAG